CAUACAUUAAGUAGCCUGCCCCUUUUUCACAUUCCGGACUUUAAGACCAAUUUGGGUAUGAUAAUUGUGCUCAACCCCUGUUUAUCAUAUAUGCAAUGUUUGAAAACAAUUCUAUGCAAACAAUUGGUACCAGAAAGCGUGGAAGGUUUGUGGACUAACGACCCGAGGCAAAAGCCCUCCUGAAUCGGAAUGUUUGUGUUAGAUAUGCACAUAAAUUAUUCAUGCAUAAUUUGCUGCGUACAUAUAUUUGUAGGAACAAGAAUUGGAAAAGCUACAUAAUCAAAGAAAACACUAAAAUGAUGAUUGCAUUUGAUUCAAGGGAACCAUGAGGUUACAUAUUGUAGACCUAUUCUGGCUUCAGGUUCAUAUCUUGCUUGUCAAAUGCAACUUCGUUACAUUUGGCAAUUUCUUUCAGCAAACGAAAAAUGUCAAUGAAUUCAACUUAGAUAUGGAUGAAGCCUUUAUAAAGCCAGAAUUUUUCAAUUGUGGCAGGACAGCUUCUUGUUCUGGUGUUUUUAAAAGCCAGGAUAAAGGAAAUUACCAAACAAAUACAGAAGAUACUCCAUUGGAAGAAGGAAAAAGUGUCACCUCUUCAUGGGAGAAAAUCAAACAACCCACAGAUUGCAAAGAUCUACAUGAAAGACGUAACAGAGAAAGUGGCGUCUACAACAUCACAAAACCAAACAAGCAAGUAUUGGAGGUUUACUGUGAUAUGGAAACAGACGGCGGAGGUUGGACUGUGAUACAGCGCCGUAUUGAUGGCUCAACCGACUUCAACCGUGGCUGGUCUGAUUACAAACAUGGAUUUGGCGAUGUUGAGAAAAAUAUGUGGAUCGGCUUAGAGAACAUGCACUCUCUUGCUGGUCUUAACUCUAACACAACUCUUCGCAUAGAACUAAAGCAUCGACUUAAAGGCGACGAGCUAUUCUUUGCAAAGUAUGGCAGCUUUAAGAUAAGCGACGAGACUGAUGGAUACCGUAUUGGAGUUUCUGGGUAUUCAGGAACGGCUGGUGAUGCUUUCAACGUGAUCCCGUCUUAUAUGGCUAAUAACAACAUGGUAUUCACUACGAAGGAUCGUGAUAAUGAUAAUGAUAUUGGUAAGAACUGUGCGAAUGAUUACAAAGGUGGCUGGUGGUAUAACGGAUGUCAUAACUGCCAGCUGAAUGGGUUAUUUCCAAGUACAGCUACACACAGUGCUAGUUUUAUGUCCUGGAGAACAAUUGAUGAUCUCCAUGGCAACAUCUAUUUUUCUGAAAUGAAAAUCAGACGUAACUAGAAUCGAGCGGCAGAAGGCGGCCUAGAGAGAGUCCGAGCACGCUCCAAUUUGCGAAGAAACGAUCUUAUAGAACACGCCGGGGAUGUGAGACAUGCAGCAAUCGAAUUUCGCCAUUCUUGACUAGAAGUGGCUUUUUGAUAAAAUCGCUAGCAAAUACCUUUUGUUGCUUUUGUUCCUCUUUAUAUCAAACUAAGUCCAAUAACCUGUAGCUUUUCGGAUAAGGGAUAACGAGACCCUUCGAGAAAAAAUUUUUUUUUGAUAAAACUCAAAAAUUUUGAAAUGAAGAUCAGGUGGGAUUAGAAUCCAUUUGCUGAAGACGGGCUAGAGAGACGCUGAAUCCGCUUUCCGCCGCUGCACCGAGUAUUCACUUUCUUUUCUUGUCUUCUAAUCAAUAUCUAUACAUAAACAACACUUAGCUUGACAAAUUCAACAAGUCAAAUUUUCAUGUAACAUUUGUUUAGAUAGUAUUCUUCUAAGCAAAACCAUCUCAAUGAUCUAAUCUGUUGUAAAAUCGUUGUCAUUUUUCUAUACUUUCUCGUUUGUUCAAUCAGUACUUUGCCCUUCAGGAAACUGCUUCCCAUGCAAUCUUUUUCAAACUGUUUGUUUUUCGAAGCUUUUACUUCUGACCUGCAAUCCCACCUGCCUUGAUACUGGAUUCCCGAUGUUCUCUCCGUUUAAUGGUGUCUACUUUUUUGUGUUUUACGAUUUCAGUGCGUUCACUUUCAGUCCUAUAGUUUCUAAUAUUGUUUUCUCUGUCUAUAAUAUCACCAUUGCUCAUAGUUCUUCCACAUGAUUUGCCAUGGCGUAGAGAAGAUGCUUUUUGUGAAAAAGUGGUUCUCACUUUUUCUAAUUCCUAAAGUUUACGCUCAACACAUUCAUUACAACAGGAAAUAAGAAUGAGCUUAGAGAUGAUCCCUGGUGCAAUCAAGCAUUUGCUUUGAGCCGAUUUGAAUCUCAAAAAACCGUUUGUAGAGUUGUCUUCGUCUAAGUUUAUUAUUCUUAAUAGCAGAUCUUUUCCCCUUGCACACUAAUACACUGUCUCUCUAGGCCUUCUAUUAUAUACCUCUUCUAAUUCUAAAAGUCUUGAUAUAACUUGUUGCCCCGAAAUUUUCUAUGUAGCUGCGUAAUGAUAAAGCAGUGUAUAUUCGCCUUCAUAAAUUUUGAAUGUCAGGAGGGUCUUUGAGACAAAGAAUUUUGUCCGUCAUUUCGGUAAAAAUAGCUCUUCGCAUAUAAGGAUAUUUCUAAGGUUGCUAAAAGUUUUAUGAAAUCUGACUGAUUAUCUAUAAAUGGUAGCUUCUUUCGAGUAAGCAGGUUAAUCUUCGUACAAAAAAAUGAAUAAUCCGAAUAGGCUAGUCGUUAUUUCCACCGUUUUAAUUAGCUCCAGUUAUCAUUGCCUUCUUUACGACAUAAUUAUCUUUUGUCUAUGUAACCAAGAUAGCUUGCUCAUCUUUUAAAUGAAUUAAACUGCGUGGGUGUAUUUUACCGGCUUUAUCGAUAUCAGAAUCAACUUUAGCACAUUUGCCUUCUCAUUCUUUCAUUCACAUUCGCACAGCACAAAAAAUCAUAAUUGUAUAUAGGUAUGUUAAUUUAGCUUAGCAGUUAAUAGGGAUCACAGGCAACAUACCUGCUAAAUUUCCACAUGCUUCUUUUCCUCCACGUUUUAAAUAUGACUCUCUAUGUUGGAAAUAGUUCAUUUUCUAAAUGCCUGCUCACUUCCAAGAAAUACUAGAACUGCGCCGAUUUCAUCGAGUGAAC